AGAAUUUUGACCAUUAACUUGAGCGCAAGUGGUCCCUUCAGCGUCGUCUGCUCAUCCUACUGCUUUGAAAAUCUUUCCGGUGCUCUUCUUUUGGAUUUUUUUGAGCUAUGGACCCACACGAGGAGGAGCGCCCUGUGAAGCGGUUCAAGCAUCAAUCCUACAAAGACACGCUGAGGGGGGUACACUUACCAUCAGCACUCAAUCAGAGCAAGUUUGACGAUGUCAUCGCCGACAAUGACUCGCAUUUCCACGAAGCACUAGAUCAUUGGCGCGAGCUCAACCUAUCACCGGCAUUCGUCAAGUUCGCGAGACACGCAGACCCACUAUCGGCAUCCAUGCCCUUGUUGCUGCAUAAUUGCGAAGCGGUCAUUGACUUGUGGUUAGAGGCAUUGGACGGUGCGGACGAUGAGGCGUUGAAAGCUCUCCUCGAUCUCUUCCAAAAGCUGUCCCAUGAUCUGAGGACAACCCUUGCACCAAAAUACCCGACAGUUCUACUGCGCCUGACCCAACUCCUUCCCCGUUCGCUAUCCGCCCCUACCCUCACAGCGCUCCUAGCUACCUUCUCCGCUCUCUUCAAAUAUGUGCUCAUCCCUGCGGUCGAUACAGAGCUCCUUGAUCAGGCGUGGGCGGUUUUUCGUGAGACGCUACUCCGCUGUGACCCGGAGGUACAGCGGGCGACGGCCGAAGUGUGGGGUGCGGCUCUCCGUCGACUGAAGGCAUCCACCCGGGAGCACUGUGUACGGCUUAUUGCCGCGAGUGCGGAGAGUAGCCUCGCGGAUGCAUGUGUUUGGGUGUACGUAUCUGCUUGCAAGUCUGUAUCGCAAACCCUGCAUACAUCAACUUCGAGCUUGUUCAGGCCCCUACUCUCGUACUACCUCGAGUGUGGAACGCCCGAGAUGUCUUUGAAGCUGAUCCGCCGCGUGAUGACUGCACUCAUCCAUCAUUGCAAGGAUUCGGAACAGUUUUCUUCGGUCGCGGAAGUUGUGUUGGAACAAUUCUUGCAAUGUGCAAAGGCAGAAUCUGGCGAUGCAGAUGAGGAACGUCUCCGGCGCAUGCUCGAGGUAGCCGCAGUAGCAUGCUCGGUCCGCCAGGGUUCCCGGAUGACGCACAAGCAGCUCCUAACCAUGCUAUCGGAGUUUGACAAAAUACCUCUCACCGACGCCCUGCACUCUUCCGUGCUCAAAUUCACCACCUCUAUUUUGCUUGCGGGCGACAUGGCGCUCUGGAUGGCCAGCGGACGCAAGGUACUCGAGCGCACCUGGGAGCGGCCAGCGCUCGCGCUCGAGCUCUGCGGUGCGCUUUCCGACCUCGGCUGGGGCGGGUGGAAAAUGGUUGCGCAGCCACAUGUGAUGAAGCACACCGCUGAGCUGCUGCAGAGCCACCCACACAGGACGCUGGAGUUGCUUGUUGCGCUGCAUCGCGAGAAGCGAUUGGUGGGAGUGGAUGUCGUGUGGAAGCAGAGAUUGCAGGAAUGGGCAGAUAGAACAUUUGCGAGGUGGGAGCAGACGGAGGAUAAUAUUCUGUUGCUUCACGAUGCGCUUUCAUUGUCAUCCUUGAUGCCUACCUUAUCGCCGAUCCUCAUCCGAGUGAUCGAUGCAACCCUGCAAAGUCCGAAUCCCCUCCAGGAGUAUGAGCAGUCGUUUGCAAACUCGGCAUGGGUUCUUGGAGUGUGCAUGCGGUCUCUCUCUAUGCGGCAACCUGCAGAAUGGUCGAAUGACGUACCACUAUCAUCGUGGACUCAGGUGAUUGUGGAAAAAUGGAAUUGGUCGGGAGUAGCCCUUGGUGGAUUGGUCGCGCUCAUUCGUACCAGCGACCCUACUUCUCAUGCAAUAACAUUGGAUGCCCUGUACAUCCAUCUUCGUGACUCGCUCCUUUCCCACUCCCAUUCACUGCGUCUCAAUGUUCUGCGACUAUUAAAUUCCUCGCUGGUCUCCUCGCCGGAUGGCCCAGCCGAGGUGCUCAAACGUUCUAUUCAAGCUGAAGAAGUGUCUCUGGAUGUCCAGGGAUCCCGUGAGCGUGUCCUCAGGAUUGGAAGACUACAAAUGGUCGUCAAGGAUGGUGACGAAUUGGGUGCUGAGAUAUGCUGCCGCUGGCUCAUAGCACAACUCAAGGUGAACUUGCAACCGCUAUGGUCCGCCGCGGCGCAAGCCUUAGCUGCUCUAUCUUCACGCUUCGGGGACUUAGUGUGGCACCUUUUGCUCCAAGAAGUCCAGGCCGCGACUCGCCUUCAAGUAGAUGUAGUCGUCCCCGACUGGAUAAAGGGGCGUUCCUUACUCGAAGAGGAGGACGACGUAUGGGAGGAUGAGCGGUCUUGGAGAGACCCGAGCGCACACAAGUUUCGUAUCACUUCUGCCAGGUGGCUAAAUGGCGACGCUACCAAGCGAGCUCUGAUCCAGGAGCAGAGCACAGAAGACCGGUUCGAUCCAGCUACCUACGAGACUCAGGUACUUUCCACUGUAUGCGAAUGCUCCUCCUUAGCAGAGAAGCACAGCCGCGACUUGGUACCAUACUUCCUAUCUCUCGCAGGACCGGAAGUAUCCUCGAGGCUCCCGCGGUACAAGCUCAGCAUCUGGCUCACGCUCUUCUCGAAGUUCGUCAACCCAAAGGCUCUACGCUCCACCGAAACUCUACGAUCAAUAUAUGUCGCUCUCCUCUCGCAUCCCGACCGCCCCCUGCAGCGGCUGGCACUUUCAUGCUUGCUCACGUACAAGUCGCCACAUCUAGCACCACAUGAGGACACGCUCCGUGGGCUGUUGGAUGACACGAAGUGGCGAGAAGACCUUACGCAAUUGAGCAUUGCUGAGAUCGAGCAGGCUGACCGGGCGGAGUUGGUCGACGCGAUCACUAGGCUGCUUUUUGGGAUGAUGUUGGAGAAACGCGGCAGGAGUCGCGGCGGUGACAAGCGCGCUGCUGUCCUGUCUGCCUUAGCAGGCUGUGCUGAUGACGAACUAUGCUUGCUGGUUGACUUGAUGUUGCAACCGCUCACUCCCACCACUGAAGCCUCAGAGGAAGGAUUGCAUUUUACAAUCCAGGCCAUAUCCGAUGGCGUCACUGAGAAGCAGCAAAUUGGCUUCCUCAACCUUCUUGGCGACGUUCUCAAGCACCUCGGGUCCCGCCUAACCCCUAAAUGGCCUCAGCUCCUGCAGGCCGUCAUCGACCUGCUCAGUAAUGCCCAGCGCAGAUUGGACUCUCGCAAAUCCGAGACCAGUGACGAUGUAGCAGAAGAAGAAGAGGAGGUCGAGGACGAGGCCGUCGUUGAAGGCUCCUUGAAGAGCACUCGGGCUAUCCGACAGCUAGGCAUCAAGCGCUUCGCUGACUUCUUCCGCUCUCCUGUGUCCUAUGAUUUCACGCCUUACAUGUCGGAAUCGUAUCGUGCGUUCAUCUCACCCAGGCUGGAGAAGCUGGACGCGGAGAACACGCAAGCGCCAUCGGCGCUCCUGGAGCUGUUUCAUGUGUGGACAUUGCGUGCGGAGCACGCUAGAUUCCUUGUGGCAUAUGACGAUCGUACCCUGCCGAAGGUGUACGAUUGUCUGAUCGCAACGAACGUCAAGCCAGCGGUGAUCUCGAGGGUCUUCGAUAUCGUCGAGCGGUUAUUGGACCUCUCGUCAGAGCUCGAGGAGUUGCGGGACGCGAUACUCAAGUCACAUGUCCCUCAUCUACUCACGAACAUCUCUUUGCUAGUCGAGCGCAGCAAAGGGAUCGCGGCGGUCUCUGACACUCUUGGUCGUCGUCAGAUCACCAUUCUUUCGCAGAUCGCCCCCUACCUCACCGAUGAGAAGCAGGCCAGUACUUUACUGGAAUUGUUUUUCCCAUUGUUGCGCAAGCCGCCGAAGCAAGUGCAAGAGAAGGUCAAGGCGGACCUGCUAACAAUUAUUUGUAGCCUCUUCCCUCUCAUUCCUGAUAUCACGGAUGCUAGCAGUCGCACGUUUGAGAAGACAUUCGCUGCGCUCGCUCAACUCUUCCAGACACUCCGUUCUCGACAAGCGCGCUUAUCUUUGCUAGCUGCGUUUCGUUGUCUAGCCAAUCUAGAGCCAAGUGUCGCACAGCUGGCUGAUCUCAUGGAGUCUCUGAAUGCCUACUCUACGAAGCGAAUUGACGAGCCGGAUUUCGAUAGGAGGUUGACUGCGUUCAAUAAUCUGAACGAAACGCUGCACGGAUCGUUGACGUCUAGGGAAUGGCUGCCGAUCCUGUAUAACAUGCUCAAUUUCAUCCAGGAUCCUGAAGAACUGACUAUUCGAAACAAUGCUGCUCAAGCCAUGAAACGCUUCAUAUCUGCUGUGGCCGCCGCACAUGUCCCGGAACUCGAGGCUUUGUUCACGAAGACGCUAUAUCCUGGGCUCAAGAAUGGCUUGCGAUCAAGGAAUGAAAUGGUCCGAUCAGAGAUUCUGGGUGUCCUCUCGUACGCGAUAUCAAUCUGCGGGCAAAUUAGUGCCCUCCAAGAAAUGCGGGGACUAUUGGCCAAUGGAGACGAGGAGGCGAACUUCUUCAACAACGUGCACCACGUUCAACUACAUCGUCGUACCCGUGCGAUCCAUCGCUUGGCUGACUACUGCGAUGAGGGUCAUCUUCGAAGCACAACUCUUGCUGAGGUCUUCGUACCUCUGAUAGGCAAUUUCAUAGUUGCUAAGGCGUCGAUAGACCAUACUCUUGUGAACGAGUCCAUCACGGCUACCGGACGGAUGGCGCGGCACCUCAACUGGGGAGCUUAUUAUGCCCUCACGCAGACUUAUCUGAAACUAUCUAGCGCUAAGGAUGAGUCUGAGCGGGUAUACGUCCGCGCGCUCGUAGCUAUCCUGAACAAUUUCCAUUUCCAGAUGGAAGAGGUUGUCCCUGACACAGCUGAGGAGCCGGAGAGGGGAGGAGACCAUGAGGACACCGUUGUCGAUGAGGAAACCGAAUCCACAUCGGUCAAGGUCAAGGACCAAAUGAUCUCGCGCAUUGCAGAUGCGGUCAACCAUCGGCUCCUCCCAAGGCUCCUGCAACACUUAGAGAAGCGUGAUGAAACUGAGGACGCUCUGAGGAUACCGAUCGCCGUGGGUGUCAUCCAGGUCGCGAAGCAUUUACCCCGGGAGACCCGCGAGCCACAGAUAGCUAGGCUACUGACCGUCCUAAGUCAAAUCUUCCGCAGCAAGUCUCAAGAGACGAGGGACCUCACUAGGGAGACUCUAUGUCGUAUAGCCGUGAUUUUGGGGCCAUCUUACUUGUCAACGGCUAUCAAGGAGCUACGAGCCGCCUUGCUACGAGGUCCGCAACUUCACGUUUUGGCUUAUGUGAUCCACGCGCUCCUUGUGCAUGUUACCAAUGGAAGUCAUGCUGCGCUAUUCGACACGUUGGACAAUUGCGUUAGUGAUAUCGCUCAUGUCUCGGCUGAGGUCAUCUUCGGCGAAUCCGGAAAGGACGUCCAGGCAGAAGAGUUUAAAACCAAGAUGCGAGAAGUUCGUGCGUCUACCGCGAAAGGUCUUGAUUCGUUCAUGAUCAUGGCGAAAUUCAUCACCCCUGCUAAGAUAAGCAGCCUUCUUCUGCCGAUACGAAACGUUUUAAAGGAGACCGAGUCUCUCAAAGUGCUCCAACAAGUCGACGAACUCUUGCGCAGGGUUUCCAACGGAUUAAAUGCCAACAAGCAUCUUAUUCCUACCGAGCUGCUGGCUCUGUGUCACACUAUGAUCAGUCAGAACGCUCGCUUCCUCAAGGAGGCUCCUCAAGUGCGGAAAAAAGGGAAAGGCGGCAAGCGCAAUGAUGCCAUCGUACAGACAAAGCGAAAAUUCGACUCUGAGAUGGAUCAUUACGCCGUUAAUUCCUUUAGGUUCGUGAGCUUUGGGCUCGACUUGUUUAUCACUGCGCAUCGUCGCAGUCGUUUUGACUACGAGGAUCCGAAAGUCAUUGCUCGGCUAGAGCCGAUGGUGGCAACAAUUGGCAAUACCUUGUAUUCCGAACACAUACAGGUGAUAAUCCCAGGCCUCAAGGCUGCGGCGGCCAUAAUCAAGUGCCCCCUCAAAUCCAUCGUUAAGUCUCUGCCUGUGUUCAUUCGCCAAAUGAUAGAUAUUAUCAAGCAAGCGGGAACGACAGAAUCAGAAGCGGUGCAGAUGGCGCUCAAGUCUCUCGCUACUAUUCUUCGCGAUCAAUCAGAUGCUCAAGUCAAAGAGAAGGAUUUAGUAUACCUUCUCGAGCUCUUGUCUCCCGACCUGGAAGAGCCAUCUCGUCAAGCAGCUGUUUUCACCAUGCUUCGCGCUAUCGUGGCGAGGAAGUUCGUUGUUCCGGAGAUCUACGACAUCAUGGACAAAAUUACCGAAAUCAUGGUCACCAGCCAGUCUCCUCAAGCGCAGGAAGCAUGCCGUGGCGUGCUGCUACAAUUCCUCUUAGACUAUCCCCAGGGCAGGGGCCGACUCCAGAAGCAGAUGACUCUCCUCGCGAAGAACCUAUCAUAUGUGCACGAAAGUGGUAGGAAGUCGGUGAUGGAACUCCUGAGUGCUAUCAUCGCCAAAUUCCAAGUAAACCUUAUCCGCGAAUACUCCGAUUUGCUGUUCGUUGCGCUGGUCAUGGUUGUCGCCAACGAUGAUUCGCCGAAGUGUCGCGAAAUGGCUUCCGAAUUGAUCAAGAGCCUCUUCCUGCGGCUUGCGGAUUUUCAGCGUAAUGAUCUCGUAUCACAUCUUCAUGUCUGGGCCAUCAAGUACACACAACCACAGCUCGCGCGCGUCUCACUCCAAAUAUCCGGCAACAUCAUCGAUCUAUUGCAAAAAGAUAUCUUUCCUCAUGUGUCGUUCAUCCUUGAAGAUCUCAAUGAGGCUCUUAGACAUGGCGCACAACUGCUGGACUCGUUAGCUGAAGCGGACGGUGAUGAUGUCGCGGACGACGACUUGGAAUGGCAGAUUUCGUAUCAUGCGCUCAUCGUAUCUGGUAAACUAUUGCGAGCGAUCCCUGAUCUGACUACUCAGCAAGGCAAAGUCAAUUGGCCUGCUGUCAUCGAGCAUCUCGUCUUUCCGCAUGCUUGGGUGCGUACUGCGUCCUGUCGUCUACUAGGCGUGCUAUUUUCUUCGACUGCUGUCUCCGCCCCGCGGAAUGAUCUUCCAAGUAACUCCCCAUUCUCGCGCUCCGGUAUGGAGGAAGUAGCUUCCAAGCUUUGUAUGCAGCUGCGCAGCCCAAACCUGGACGCAGCGCUUAGCCUGCAGAUCGUGAAGAAUCUGUUCUAUGUUGGGAAGUGCUUCUGCGCAGUCGAGAUGCUCUCCGUUCCGGAGACGGACACAAAUGAUGUCGCAGAGCAAGCGAUCGUUGCCGAUGAACACGAGGAUGGACUGGAAGAUCAGGAAGGGGGCGAAGUCGGUGUUAAGGACCGAAAACAUCCACUUCCUUGGCUGUUCUCCAAGCUUUCCUUCCAAGUGAGGAAUGCACAUAUUACACGAAGGAACAAGUCGUCCAGUACUGACAAUUGGGUUCACCAACCUACAUCUGUGUUAAAGUGGUUCGCGGCAAUGGUAUCAUACAUGGACUCCACGCAGACGGAGCGUUUCCUUGUACAUAUCCUCUCACCCGUCUAUCGCAUAAUCGAAGACGACACCAUCCGUGGCGCGCAGAUGGACGAAUUGAAGACACUGGCCACCGAGCUCCAGGAUCUCGUGCAAACCAAGGUUGGCACAACCAAGUUUGCGAACGUCUACAACAGCAUUAGGCAAGGCGUGCUGGGUGUCCGGAGAGAACGGCGGAACGCGCGCGUGCUGCAGGUUACCACCAACCCAGAGGCUGCUGCAAAGAGGAAGAUGCAUCGGAACGUUCUGAAGAAGGAGAGCCGGAAGAGGAAGAACCAAGUGUUUGCAGAUGGCAAGCGUGGCAAAAGGCGAAGGGAGGAUUGAGUGAUCCAAGGGCCAAACAGUUUGCUUUGUUGUCCAUUUCAUUUUCGUGCCAAUUGCUGGACGUAACUUAUUAUGUUGUUCGAUACGUAUGGAUCCGGUCUCAACAUUAUCAAAGGGCUCUUAUCUUGAUCUCCACGCCGAAUCUUCCUGUAAGC